AUGCUGCGCUCCGCGGGUUACUUCAGUGGCUUUUCCUGCCCUUUCGAUGGCGCCUCAGGCGCCGGCUGCCCGCGGCCUCACUGCCAGUACAGGCACGAGGCGGGACGGAGCGGGCAGCAGCAGCCGCUGAGCGACGCCCCUGCCAUGGAGCUAGGUAAAAGUAUACAAGAAUUGGAAAGAAUCAAAAAAGCAAUUGAGUCAGUCAAGACUGAAGUUGAAGAAGGGCAGAAGAAACUCUCACAGUAUAAUUUGCAAGAUGAAAUACCUAAAAACUCUCUGACAUCUAAAACAAAUGAUGUUAAAGGAAAUAAAAGUUCCCCAGAUGAUGAUGAUCUGCGUAGCUCUCUUACAAAAGACAAAUGUCUUGUAGCUCCAGUCUCUAAGUACUCUAGCAAAGGCUGUCAUUUGGUAUCCAGUAAAUAUGUCAUUGACCAUAGCUGUCCAGCAACUGACCUUGAAUAUGAUCCACUGCUAAAUUAUUCUGCAGGCCUACUCAGCUCUUCCAUAAUGAAAGAGCAGGAAAAUGACACACAGCAAUUUAAGCGGGUGAAAAUGCCUCUUGCUGAUUUUCACAUGGAGUCUCCAAAAAUGUCUCCAUGUGGAAAUCAGCAUGGAUCCCCAAAGAAGAGAUCAAGAAGCUAUUCACCAAUAAAGCUUGAAAUAAAGCUCCAAGAAUCUGAUGAUGAUGAUAUUCUGGUUAUUGAUGCUCCACCAUUGACUGUCACUAAGAAGCCAAGAAUAAAUAGGAGCUUUAAAAACUGGAAUAGGGAAGAAAGCAAACAAGCUGCUAUAACAUGUGCAGAAAAUCUGCGGAAUAGUAACAUAGGAGAAGAUCCUCUUAAGUAUAUUGAGGAAAAACGAGCAGAAGUUUCUGUAACUCUGCAAAAGGAUGACAACACAGAUGUAAGCAACCCUGAAAAAUCACUGAAAACGCCACCAAAAACUCAAAGUGCAUAUUUGCCUGAUGUGAAAAUUAAUGCUUUGAAGUCAUUAAAUAACCUUUGUGAACAAAGAAAACCUUUUACUGUCUCUCAGGAAAAUAAUGUAUCUUCAAUUUCUCAUAUUAAGGCACAGAUGCAGAAUGAAACUUUGAAGAAAGAAGAUCCAAAGAGUGAAAUAUCAGUGAAAACGUCUGUUGAAGAAUUGAGUACUAACAAAGAUAAAAACACACCGAGUUGCAAGAGAGAGGCCCAAACUAGCCUGUAUUUUGAAGCCAGCUCAAAAGACCAAACUCUGCUAACUGCACAAGGAACUUGUAAAAAAUUACCUGUAAAUAUAGGAAAAAUUCAGCUCAUAUAUGAAAAUGGAGAAAAUGAAGUGUUGGGAAAUGCACCCAUUCAUCCCAGCACUCCCUUGAAUUUGGGUGAGAAAAUUUGUCAUGAUGUAGAUCUCUUGACUAAAAACCGUAGUGGAGAAAGUAAUAGUAAUACUGUGAACACUAACAUCCAAGAAAGUGAAAUAAUUGUAUUAGAUUCUUCUUCAGAAGAAGAGAUGGAGUGUAGUGAAGAGGAUACUGAACUCUCUGAAUCGGAUGACCCUAUAGAGGAAUGCCGGAGAAUUUUCAAUGAGUUUGUUGAAAGCGAAGCACAGAAGCAAGAAAUCGCUAAGCAGGCUCUUGGAGCUCAUGUUGAAGUAGAUACAUUGGAUACCAAGACAAAUAUGGUUUCUGGGCAGAAGAAAAGAAUUGCGCACACUGCAAAAUUCGAUGUACAGACCAACAAAGAAAUACUGGUGCCUUUUAAGGCACCUCUUCCACAGCAAUCUUGUCCUACCAGAAUCCUGCAGGCACAGCAACAGGCAGUGCAGAUAACAGCUGCUGUUAAAAGUGGACAGGCUUUUGUUGCUGCAACUUCUGGACAGAAGAAAACUGUACCUGUAUUGUCAACUACUCAGAUUCAAAACGUAGGACCAAUGGGUAUGAGAUCUCGCUUCGCAAAGUGAGAUAAACCAGUAUGUCUAAAUUUGCUUGAAGUUCAGCCUGUUGCAGCCAGCAGUGGUCAACUGAAUGUAUUCCUUCAAGGAAAUGCUGUAACAGCAAUGCCAUGCAGACCUUCUAAUAUUUCAGUAAAAAGGAUUGCUCCCAUGCCUAUUAAGGUUUCUAGUCGGAGAAGGCUUUCUAUAAUUCCAGAAUCUGGAUCCAAAGUUCCACAUGACACAAGACAACGAUAUGUCAACUUUUUUGUUGAAGAAUAUUUGAAAGUUUGUAGAACAGUAAAUGAAGCUUUUGAUAAGGCAUUGGUAGAAGAAAAAGCAAUUUAUGAUCGUUGUGGCAGUAAAAAUAUGUAUCUGAACAUAGCUGUGAACACCCUUAAAAAGCUGAGGGAUCAAGGUAGUCUCUCUCCAAAUGGGCAGUCUUGUGGUAGCAGAUGUACUAAUACAACUGGAUCUAGAAAAUCGGAAGAGAAGAAUGAUUUUUCAGGAAUUGUUCUCUAUAGAAUUCUAAAAGACUAUGUUCUGACUGAGGAACAAUUGCAUGAGAAUGGCUACCCACAACCAAAUCCUGAAAAACCUGGCAGUGCUAUGUUGGGUAAUGGCAUUACAAAAACAGCUGUAUCUGAUGCUUCCAAAAGAGUGUGUUGUAGAUGUGGAGAAAUAUACACUGUUACUGCUUCUGGAAAGCACAUUCGUAAAGAAGAAUGCAACUACCAUUCUGGUAGAGUACUAAAACAAAAAGUUCCUGGUGGCUUGGAAACACGGUAUAGCUGUUGUGAGGGAGUAGUUGGGUCUCCUGGAUGCCAGGUUGCAAAGCUCCAUGUCCAUGAUGGCCGGAAGGAGAACCUGGAAGGCUUUGUGAAGACGUUUAUCAAACUAACUGCAGCUGAUGGAAAUCAUGGUGUGUUUGCACUCGACUGUGAGAUGUGUUAUACAACACAAGGUCUGGAACUUACUAGAGUGACAGUGGUUGAUUCCAGCCUACAGGUUGCCUAUGAUACACUUGUUAAACCAGAUAAUGAAAUCAUAGACUAUAAUACUAGAUUUUCUGGAGUGACAGAAGAGGACUUGAAGAACACAUCCUCAUCUAUUCGGGAUGUGCAGGCAAUAUUGCUAAACUUGUUCAGUGCAGAUACUAUUUUAAUUGGACACAGCUUAGAAAAUGAUUUAUUUGCUCUUAAGCUGAUUCAUAACACUGUUGUGGACACAGCAGUGGUGUUUCCUCAUCGGCUAGGCUUGCCUCAUAAAAGAGCACUUAGAAAUCUAAUGGCUGAUUACCUCAGACGAAUAAUUCAAGAUGAUGUUGGUGGCCAUGAUUCUAGUGAAGAUGCUGCUGCUUGUAUGGAACUGAUGCUUUGGAAAGUAAAGGAGGAUACUAAGGGCAGAAAAUGGUGAUUUUCUUCAAGAACAUCAUAAUCAACAUGAAACCACUUCCUUUUCCAUAAUA